AUGGCCCCGGCCCGGCUGCCGGCGGCGCUGCCCCGCGUCAUGCGCCUGCUCCGCUUCCAGCGUCCCGGGGCGGCCGAGCCCCGGCUGGGGUUGCAGGAAAACGAGGGCGGGGAUGUGGUCGAUCUCAACGAGGCCGAGCCCGCGCUGCCCCGCUCCAUGCGGGCCUUCCUGGAGAGCGGCGAGCACGGGCUGGCGGCUGCCCGCAGAGCGCUGGCCUUGGGCCAGCACCGUUUGCCCCGGGCGGGAUUGCGGCUGUUGGCGCCCAUCGACGACCCCGAGAAGGUGAUCUGCGUGGGGCUGAACUAUCGCGACCACUGCCUGGAGCAGGACGUCAAGGUGCCCAAGGAGCCGCUCAUCUUCAGCAAGUUCCCCAGCGCCAUCGCCGGGCCAUUCGAUGACAUCGUGCACCCGGCCGAGAGCAGCGAGGUGGACUGGGAGGUGGAGUUGGCUGCCAUCAUCGGGAAGACGGGGCGGCACAUCCAGGAAUCAGAGGCUAUGGAGCACAUUGUAGGCUUCACUGUGGCCAACGAUGUCAGUGCCCGGGACUGGCAGAUGCGAAGGAAUGGGAGGCAGUGGCUGCUGGGGAAGACUUUUGACACCUUCUGUCCCAUAGGGCCGGCUAUCGUCACCAAGGACUCAGUGACAGACGUCCACAACCUGCGCAUCCGCUGCAGCGUCAACGGGCAGCUGAUGCAGAACAGCAGCACCAGCCAGCUUGUCUUCAGGUUGCCCCAGCUCGUCGCCUGGGUGUCCCAGUUUGUCACGCUGCGCCCUGGGGAUGUCCUGCUGACAGGAACCCCUCCUGGCGUGGGGGUUUUCAGGAAGCCCCCCGUGUUUCUCAAGCAAGGUGACGAGGUGCAGUGCGAGAUUGAGGAACUGGGCACCAUUUGCAACAAGGUGGUGUGAGGACCAACCUCCACCUCAGACCUGCCGUGCCUUGCCGCGAUGGCUCUCAAUAAAUCCGCACCAGGAGACA